CCCCAGUGUCACCAAAAUGUCGGGAAGAAUAAAACUCUCUAACACUAAUUUCAGUAUUAGAAGGCAGGCAUUACUUUUUUUCAGCAAGAAUCACUCCUAACACAUGCACUCGACGUUUCAAAGCUUCAUUUAUCUAGGUAAACCAUAUAUACAUUCAUCUAAAUUCCCGGAAUUCUCCUCCCCCGUCUCAGGAAUCAUUUACAUAGAUAAAGCUGUACGCCUUAAUAAUUGGGCAUGCCUCAUACAGUUUGGGGAAUGGUCUCAAGAGGGUCUCUGGUGGUCAUUUGGGGAAUAGCCCCCACCUCACUUUAUCCUUUCACGGUCACAAGUCGCCCGAGAACAUGACUCCAGAGUUGGUUCAUGUCCUGCUGGCUUGGUUGAACAAUUUGUCUCCUGGAUCAGGAAACUUUUUUACGGUUUAUGAAACUUCAACCAAUGGGUCUCAGUUUCUCUUGUUUCAGUUGAGAUACUGCAAACAAUAUGCCUUUUGAGUAUUUAUGUCAUCAGUUCCCUGCAGUCCUCUCAGUGCCCUCAGGCCACACCCCAGUGCCCUCAGCCCCUCCCUGGUCCCCUCAGCCCUUGCCAACCAUCAGUGUCCCCAGCCCUCACCUCAAUCCCUUCAGUCCUCCCUUCUGCCCCUGCCAUCCCACAGCUCCCAGCCUCCAACAUCCCCCUGAGCUACCUCUCAGCCUCCUCAGGCACCCACUGGCCCCUCAGCCUCACCGACCGUUCAGCAGCUCCCUCGUCCCUUCAGUCCCAGCGUCCCUGGGGAGGAUGGUGCCCUGGUGCCACUAGCAGCUCCCACUGCUUGCAUGAGGGGAUGGGGGGCACCAGCAGCAAGGGGGUCAGACCUAAUGGGACCUGCAGAAAAACUGCCUGGCAGCCCCCGUGUCAGUGAGAGGGCAUCCCUGCCCAGCUAUGGGCACAGCAGGCCAGCUGUGCUCACUCUGGAAGAAAUCAAUACCUGGUCUUUCAGGUGAGGGGGAAAGACCUCUUCUGACCACCCCUGGCUGAAGUUUCAAACUCAGGAACGGGAAGGAGAAACGACCCUGACACUCCAGUCUUGUACUUUCCCCAAUGGAGCAGUUUCCGACAGCGGAGCGGCGCCUUUCCGCCGGGCUCGCCCGUACUCAGGCCAGCCAUGCCGGGACAGGACCUGGCAGCGCCGCGCUCCCCGCCUAACUCUCCUCUGCAGUCCCAGAUGGCUCCUCGCCACCGCUUUAGCGCCGUCACAUUCCCACGGCCCCCCGCGGAGCCCGGCGUGCCCGAGGAGAGCCCCCGCUCCAGGGGCCGGACUGACCCCGAGGGGGCCGGGGCUGCCGCUCCGAGCCCGGCGCUGCCCGGGGUGGUGCCGCGCCGAAGGACAGCGCACACCGGGAGAGUCGCGGCCCAUUCACCCGGCCGCCGGCGGGGGGAAGGCGAGGGAAGGCGGCGGGAGCCUCUGGCACCGUGCCAGGGCUGCGAGCGGCGCUGGCAGCCCGGCGAGACACGGCGCCCCUUCCCCGCCGAGCCGUCAGCGAGGAGAAGUGCCCGGUGCCCUCCGGGACCAGCUGCUUCCCGGCCGGAAAAGCCGAGGAGCUGCGGUGCUUACCCGCGUGUCGCGGGCACGCCCUGCUCUCUCCUCUCCAGCUUCAGGGCUCUCUGGCCGGGGCUGGAGACCUGCAGCACUGCCGGCAGCCCCUCCCUGGCGAGGAGCAUCCUCACCAUUCAACGCUGCGGCGUCCUCUGUCCUCCCCGUCAGCGUCGCUCCGCCCUGGGAAGGCAGCGGAGCUCGCGUGGCGGGGAGGCGGUGAUGCCGUAACACCCUCCCUUCGUCCCUCCAUCUCUCCCUGCUGAGUGCCCGCGGCCGGUGGGGAUGGACCGUGCGCGGGCUUAAGGGCAUCCCUCUGUUGGGACGGGAAGGCGAGGUUCGUGGCAGCGAUGUGUGGAGGAGGAGGUUCGCAAACCCCUUGAGAGUUUGGCUUCUCCCUCCGUGGCGUUUCCCCUUCCGCUUUGUUUUCGAAGAGCGUAAGGGUGUAACUGUGAUAUCCAGCAGUGGGUGUCGCUAUUUUGCUACAGAAGUUUUCCCUGGAUUAUUUGCUUGUUGUUGGAGUUGGGUCGUGCUCCCCCCGUCACGGUAAAAGUUUAAAAAAAACCCCCAAAACCAAACCAAACCCUGCCGGUUACUUUGGUAUGUAUGCCUCUGUGUUAAAAAGACACUGAGAAGGUUAAUUAAUCAGUAUUUGAGAAGUGCUCUUGUGUUUUAAAGGUACCAUGUGACGUUUAAACUGGCCUCUGCUCAUUCUGUUCCCAGACUUUUUUGUAGGAUGUAUGCCAGUGCUCUCUGGACCCAAAUGGUGACUUGGGCUAUACUGUCUAGCUUUCUGGAAAGAAAGCAGAUUCACCCACACUGACUGUGUUCAAAGGACUGAAUGGUUGUACAAAGAGAGGAUUUCCCAGCUACACUGAGCCAGCUACGUGAAUUGGUGAUUACAAAAAACCAACUUAGCAUGUGAGAAGUGCUGUAACAUAGGUUUGAAUUUCAGACUCUUUUACAGUUGGGCUGCUAAUACUAAUACUGUAAGGCAUUUUAAAUCAAUAAAUACUCUUUAACAGGAAAAAGAUAGAAAAGCUUAGUUAUGGUAAAUUAUUCAGCAUAGAUAUUGUUAGAUAUUCUGGCAAGUUUGUCAGCAGAACCAUCCCAAAACAAGACAUUUUCUCGUCUACCUCUAAUGCAGCUGAUGUAGUAGAAGCACGGAUUUGGAUUUGCCAGAAAGUGGAUGGAGGUAGAGUGUACAGGUAGAAUUAUGCUUCCCACACAAAAUGGAUCAUCUACCAGAGUUUCACAGAAAGAGAAAGGUAUCAUUUACGUGGUGAUGAUUAGGGCUGUUCCAUUUUUAACAUGCUUCUCUCUUGCACAUUUGCUAUGUUAAUUUUUGCAUCUUUUGAUUUUGGCUGUUUGGCUUUCUUGGGUGAAACCGGAGGAAGGAGGGAAGUCUAAAUUUUUCUUCGGCAUCAGAAACUGUUGAAGACCAGGGAAAUAAAUGGAUAAAGUGAUUGCUACCACUCUGAGCAACAGCCAUCUUGUCACUCACAUGGGCCAGUAAAUUCAAUGCCUGUGUUGCAAUGACACAGUGUGUGACCCUAACUUCAAUGUGUUGUUAUAGCAACUUCUGCUGCUGCUUCUGACAUCUUUCAAUAUUGGUGGAAGAUGAUACAAACUAAAACUGUGGCUUCUGCAAAGGACUGGUUAUCAAACCCUUCUUCUGAAGUACCUACUAAAGGGUAUUCACAAUACUAAUACUACCGGUAGCUCUCUUAAAUUGUGCUUUAACUCAAAUAUUGUCAAUACAGUUCUGCUAGUAAUACUUCAUGAAAGAAGAUAAAAAAACCUGAGCACUCCUGUGCUUUAAGCAGGCUAACAGGGCUUGCUAACCAACAAAUGUCUCCAGCAGUGGAGACAGUAAUACAGACCACUUUUAGCAGCAGUCCGAGCAAAGGUGGCUAUAAACCAGAACUCUGACAAGCCUCCAUCUAUUAGUGUGACUACACUGUGGAUAAAGGUAAUAUCCAGCUGCAGAAAAAAAGGAGCUUGAGACAGCAAUUGUUUUAUACCUCUUCUAUCUAGAUUUCUGAAUGUAUGUCUGUGUUAUUAACAACUAGUUUACUAAAUAAAUACUGACCUACUAUGUCUGCUCUCAACUCAGAUAAUGAAAACAGCAGCAGGCCUUGUGCACAAUUUGACUGUGGAAAAUGCCUACACACAGAGUUAUUCUUACUAGAACAGUUCUGUUUAUAAAAUGUUUAGAAUAAACUGUCUGCAGUAGCACAUUUUGGUCAAGGAGGGAUUUUGUUUUUUGAACAGAAAAGUCCUACAUGUUCCCUUAAUUCACGUAUUGGGGAAGUACAUGUACAAUGAGAUUCAGCAAAAUUUUUAAAGAGAUCAGCAGAACCAAGUAAGAAUAAAAACGCUCUCUAGCAUACUGCUAACAGAGCCAAAAAUGGAUCAAGGUUUCUUCCUUGCUUUGGUUAGACGCCUUUGGGGAAAAAUAACUGGCUUAUAUUUCAUGUGGCUUUGAGCAUAGACCUUGAUAUGCACACUGGAUUGCU